AUGCCUGGGAAAUAUCAUGUCUCCCUCCUCCAGAGGACGCCGAUCCUAGCCACACGAUUAUUCUUUUGCCCGUCAUGCUCGCAGAUACGCAGAUUCUCCAGCAGACCAACUUCUGCGCCCAGGUCAAUAACCACUCGCUCCGCGUCGACUUUUCCUGGUUCUUCGAUUAUCAGUGCUACAAAAAACAUCCCUGAGAGGUUUCAAGAGCUGUAUAAAGCUUUGGAGGAGCUUAAAAAUACGUCCGGAAACUAUGUGGACUUGAGCAGGUUACAGUUAGCGCAAAGAGGAAUAGAGACGGAGAACCCAUUGAUACGCAUUGCUGUGUUUGGCGUGGGUGAUACCCAGACUUCUGCGAGACUUGUACGGCUACUACUUGCUGACCCGCUGGGUCCGAAAGAAGCAUGGGAAGACCAACUUGGCUCCCGUACCAGCAAUGAAUCGGGCAGUUUUCUUAUAAGGUACGGGGACAAAUAUCAAGUAUCAUCUGGAGCCAGCCCUCUACCGACAAUCUCGAUACCGUCCAACCUUUUACGGAAAGCAAACCUAGAAAUCCAGAUGUCACCACUAGGCGCAAAUAUCUUCUCAAUAAAAGAGCCAGUUCCGAACUCCCUACAAGUUGCAACAGUCGCCAUUCCGUCAACUGACGGGAGCCCUGCCACACACAUCCAAUACCCCGUACACAGGUCAAUAAUAUGCGGCAAUGGGGUCGAUGGGGUGUUUACGUUCGCCAGAUUAAUUGGUAGAGCAGAUACGGCUGAGCUCGGCCCAUUAAAAGCGGUAUUCCAGUUACCGUUAGACAAGGCUCCGGAGAACAGCAACGGAGAGGUUUCCUUUAUUGAUAUCGACCGUGCUGAAGUGGCAUUGGACAAGUUCCGUGAGUCAGCCCAAAACGCAACGGAUUACCAGGAGGGAUGGGACAGAAGCAGGAUUCAACCAAUCAUCGACUGGCUGGCAGCGGCUCACACGGAUCAAGCUGUAUCCCCUGACCUCCGGCAUUUACUUGAUUCCGUAUUGAAGGAAGCAGAUGCCAAAAUAGAGGAGCACGAAAAGAAGACAUUGGCCGAUGUGCAAGCAAGUUCCGUACCCGAAGAGGUACGGAAAUCCCUGGAUGUCAUGAUAUCAGGAUGGGCGGAAAGGGCCCACGAGGAGCUCCGAGUCGCACUAGACGAAGCUUUCAGAUGCAAGAGCUGGCAGAGUUUAGUGUGGUGGAAAUUGUUUUGGAGAGUUGAUGAUGUUCCAAUGAUAUGCUCCAGCCUGCUGCAAAGACAGUGGCUCACUCAGGCUGAAAAGGAAGCUCUCUGGAUUGGUGGACGGUUCCAACAAGCCCGAUUGCUAGAAGAUGACUCCACUGCGGCCAGUGAAAAAUAUGUUCAAGCUACAGGAGACCCACCACCUAAAUCCUCAUCUAGUACCCCAGGGUUCACCCCAUGGCGGACACAGAUAACGGAAAGCCGAAACAAGCUCACAGCAUCCACCGUCAUGCCACUACAUUCUCUCGCACAGAGCCUAGUCAUGUUUAGCUUGUCGACUACCGGCUUGACAUCGGCAUUAUCCGCGCUGACAUACAUCUCUACUACCACUGCUUCUUUUAGCGAGGCUGGAACCUUUGCUGCAGUGGGUUUAAUAUACUCAGUUUGGAGACAACAGAAGAAAUGGGACCUAGCUCGCAAGACCUGGGAAACAGAUAUCCGUGAGGAAGGCCGAAAAGCAUUGAGGCAUACGGAAGAUUCAAUGAGAAUGGUAAUACGUGACGGAAACAGACCAGCGAUGCCACCUAUAGAAACGGAAGCUAAGGAAAGUAUCCAGAAGGCCAGAAAUGCCUUAUCAGAUGUAUUAUAG